CGCCACAGACGUUAUAUCUGGCGUCGCGACGCCCUCGAGCCUCAGCCACUCCUCAGCCGUCCGUCGAUUCACAACUCACCCUCACGAGAAAUUAAAGCAGCAGCAAAAUGUGUGAUGACGAAGUAGCAGCCUUGGUCGUAGACAAUGGCUCCGGCAUGUGCAAAGCCGGCUUCGCCGGAGACGACGCUCCCCGCGCCGUCUUCCCCUCGAUAGUCGGUCGACCCCGCCAUCAGGGCGUGAUGGUCGGUAUGGGUCAGAAAGACAGCUACGUGGGUGAUGAAGCCCAGAGCAAAAGAGGUAUUCUGACAUUGAAAUACCCGAUCGAGCACGGUAUCAUCACCAACUGGGAUGACAUGGAGAAGAUCUGGCAUCACACCUUCUACAACGAAUUGCGUGUCGCUCCGGAAGAACACCCUGUCCUCCUCACUGAAGCACCCCUCAACCCAAAAGCUAACCGAGAGAAGAUGACGCAGAUUAUGUUCGAAACCUUCAACAGUCCAGCCAUGUACGUCGCCAUUCAGGCCGUUCUUUCCCUGUACGCUUCCGGUCGUACCACCGGCAUUGUCCUGGACUCCGGCGAUGGUGUUUCCCACACUGUACCCAUCUACGAAGGUUACGCCCUCCCUCAUGCCAUCCUCCGUCUGGACUUGGCUGGUCGCGACCUUACCGAUUACCUCAUGAAGAUCCUCACCGAGAGAGGCUACAGCUUCACCACCACGGCUGAGCGAGAAAUCGUUCGCGAUAUCAAGGAAAAACUCUGUUAUGUCGCUCUGGAUUUCGAACAAGAAAUGGCCACCGCUGCCGCCAGUACCUCCCUCGAGAAGAGCUACGAAUUGCCCGAUGGUCAGGUCAUCACCAUUGGUAACGAGAGGUUCCGCACACCAGAGGCUCUCUUCCAGCCAUCCUUCCUGGGUAUGGAAUCUUGCGGUAUUCACGAGACCGUCUACAAUUCCAUCAUGAAGUGCGACGUCGAUAUCCGUAAGGAUCUCUACGCCAAUAACGUUCUCUCCGGUGGUACCACCAUGUAUCCCGGUAUCGCCGAUCGUAUGCAGAAGGAAAUCACCGCUCUCGCGCCCUCGACCAUCAAGAUCAAGAUCAUCGCUCCUCCCGAGAGGAAGUACUCCGUAUGGAUCGGUGGUUCUAUUUUGGCUUCUCUAUCUACCUUCCAACAGAUGUGGAUUUCUAAACAAGAAUAUGAUGAAUCUGGCCCUGGCAUUGUCCAUCGCAAAUGCUUCUAAAAACAUUAUUACACGAUUGAUGCAAUACAGCAUAAUUUUCGAAAAAACAUGUUUAUAUCUCGGGGAGAACACACGAAUAGU